AUGACAAAUCAAACCUCCAAUUUCCCUAUCCCGGCUGGGGAGAUCACGGUGCAGAUUCGAAUCAUUGAUACGACGGCAAGGAUUGGCAAGCUACCCUUGACCUUUUUGAUGAAGCCUGCACUUGAAUCGUUGGAGUUCAUGCCGACGUUGCCGUCAUGGUCAUUUCUCAUCGAGCACCCUUCCGGGCACAAAGCGGUAUUUGACUUAGGCAUGCCCAAGAAUCGGGAGAAGCUUGCACCCCAAGUGGCAGACGACGAGCGCUUCAACGACUGGGACAUCCGUACCCCGAAAGAGGUGAUCGACGUCCUCGAAGAGAAUCAAGUUCCGGGGUCGCAUAUAAACACUGUGAUUUGGAGCCAUUGGCAUUGGGAUCAUAUAGGAGAUCCUUCGCGUUUUCCAUCAACAACGGAUUUGAUAGUAGGCCCAGGUUUUAUGAAGAACUUUUACCCUGGUUACCCUAGUAAGGUCGACUCGCCGGUGCGGGAGAGUGACUUCCGGGGACGCAAGGUAAUAGAAAUCGGCUUCGAAGACUCCCGCCGUGCCACCACGGUCGGAGACUUUCGAGCUCAUGAUUUCUUUGGAGACGGCUCAUUCUAUCUACUGGACACCCCUGGACAUGCGAUAGGGCACAUGGGAGGUCUGGCGCGCACAACCACGAAUCCGGAUACCUUCAUCUUCAUGGGCGGCGACCUCUGCCACCACAGUGGACAAAUCCGACCUUCUCGCUUUCUAAGGAUCCCCGCUCAGCUCUCGGAGUCCCCGUUUGGGGUACAGACAUCACGAGUGGGACGCAGCUAUGAAGAACUCUUGCUCUCGAGAACCGGAUCCACGGAGACGCCGUUCUUCGUACCCACAGCCUCCCAGUGUGUGAGUGAGGAAGACUCGUCAAACACGAGGAGGAAGGUACAGAAGGCCGACGCCCAGGAAAAUAUAUGGCUGGUUUAUGCACACGACCCAAGUCUAUCCGACGUGGUGGACUUCUUUCCUUCCUCCGCCAAUUCCUGGAAGGAGAAGAAUUGGCGGUCCAAGACAAUGUGGUCUUUCCUUGCUGACUUUCAGGUAGCCAUUAAAGAUACGACAGAGAGCGUCGGGGAAGUAGAAUAA